AUGGCGGCCACCACACAGUUCGCUUAUCGCACACUCAAGGGCAUCGGCAUUGUCAAUGGUCCGCCUUCAUAUGAACCGCUUGAGGGCUUUACAAGGCCGGAGGGAAAUAUACGCUGCUGCAUGUACUCCUCAUGUGGUCGCUACUUUGCGUGGGCGACAACAGAAGAGGUCAAGAUAGUUGAUGCCUCCAGCGGCAACGUUAUCUCCCAUUUGCCUGCGGAAAAUGUUUACGAGCUUGGCUUCUCGCCUUUAGAAACCUAUGUUAUCACCUGGCAACGGCCGUCAAAGGAUGAAGCCGGCGACGCAGCGAAGAACCUGAAGGUCUGGCGUGUUAUUGAUGAGAGCCCCGCCGGCGGUAAGUACAUGGGAAAGCAAACGGUUGGCAAGUUCGUGCAAAAGAAUCAAACCGGUUGGAACCUGCGAUACACAUUCGACGAAAAGUUUUGUGCACGAGUUGUCACAAAUGAAGUCCAGAUUUAUGAAAGCCACGAUUUGACCAAGGUCUGGAAUAAGUUACGCGUGGAAGGUGUGUCAGAUUUUGCUGUAUCACCUGGCGAGAACCAUUCCAUCGCGGUCUUCGUGCCAGAAAGAAAGGGAUUACCAGCGUCAGUUCGUGUCUAUAAUGUUCCUCAAUUUGAUACUCCGGCUUCUCAAAAGAAUUUCUUCAAAGGCGACAAGGUGCAGCUCAAGUGGAACGACAAUGGAACUAGCCUUAUUGUGUUGGCACAAACCGAGGUCGACAAGACCGGCAAGAGUUACUAUGGCGAGACGACUAUGUACCUCCUCAGCGCCAAUGGGGGCUUUGAUUCAAGAAUAGACCUCGACAAAGAAGGCCCAAUCCAUGAUGUUUCGUGGUCGCCAAAAUCGAACAGCUUUGCCGUUGUAUACGGUUACAUGCCGGCCAAGACGGUAAUAUUCAACGCCAAAGCUCAGCCCACCCAUACGUUUCCACUUGCUCCUCGUAACACGGUCUGCUUUUCGCCACAUGGCAGGUUUGUGCUGGUGGCUGGUUUCGGAAACCUUGCUGGCCAGAUGGACAUCUAUGAUCUCGAAAAAGACUAUUCCAAACUAUGUACCAUCGAAGCGAGCAAUGCGUCGGUUUGCGAGUGGUCACCAGACGGGAAACAUAUAUUGACAGCGACGACCUCACCUCGACUCCGAGUAGACAACGGCAUCAGAAUCUGGCGUGCAAGCGGAGGGCUAAUGUACAACGAAGAUCUCAACGAGCUCUAUCAUGUGUGUUGGCGACCAGAACAGGGCUCGGCAGCACCACUGGAGGAAAAUCCAUUCUCUUCUGUGCCAGCACCACACGCUUCUGCCUUGAAAUAUCUCGAGUCGGUGAAGACUCCUUCGAAGCCAGCUGGAGCUUACCGACCACCAGGUGCGAGAGGCCAAGUCACACCCUUGGCAUUCAAGAGAGAGGAUGAAGGUGGUGCUGCGUAUGUUAGAGAUGGGAUUUCAUCUUUUGCCAACUACGUCAAUGGGUUUGGAAAGUCCAAGUCACGUGUGGUGCCAGGUGCUGAAGCAGCAGAAGACAAAUCACCGCUCCCACCUGGAGCUGCGCCUGGGGGCGGCGUCAGCUUGACUGGAACUGGUGAGGGGAUUGACAGUGAACCGUUGUCGAAGGCAGCAAAGAAGAAUGCAAAGAAAAGAGAAGCUAAGAAAGCGGCGGCGGCAGCAGCGGCGGCAGCAGCAAAUGGGGAGAGUGCGCCGCUGACACAGCUGAAGCUACAAGGAAGAAUACUAGCCAUAGUCCUGAUAGGGGAGCGCACACAACGGGACGCGAAAGAAGCCGAAGCAAAGGAUACGUGCCGGCUCCUGCAGUACCGCCCGGACUCGAAGCAAGUGCAACGCCCACACAAGGCCCGAAGGCAGAGCGAAGCAGAAGUGGAAAUCGAAGACAGCGCGGUAACACCUCGACUUCAGUAA